AUGGCCGUCACAGCGAACGAAACUAUCAGUAACGCAAAAACCAAAGCUGAAACCGACGUCCAUGGUCAGGUCUUUGACCCUGGAGAAAUAGCUUACGUCCCGACCACUGGAGUCCGCAAACUAUUCGAAACGCCCCUUGUCCUGGCAACGUCCGAGUCCGUCAAAGGAUAUGGGGAAAUCGUCGAUGUGCCCGAGAAGCAUCGCAUUGAGAUCGUGCGUUGGCCGGCUCAAGGAUGGCGGGCGGUGGAUGCCAAUUCAGGAGACCAGGGAGGUCUAACUGAAGGACUCUUUGAGUUCUGGUGGAAAGGCGACACGCUCUAUGCGCGCAAUAAUGCUGUUGGGGAUAGCUAUCUUUUUGCCUGGAGCCAGUAUCCUGAAGAGGCUGCGACCACCGGUCCAGCGCGACCUCGUGAACGGGCGAUGAUCUGGCGAGCGAACUACCAUCCAGACGGCGGCCAGUUAUUUUUCCCCAUUGAUGGCCAGAGUUUCGUCGUCCCCCUUGCUCUGCCAGGCGACGAUGUAACGCCGGACAAGUUUGUCGCAUUUCGCUGUGACGGAGGCAAGGGACUAUACAUCCACCCAAACAUUUGGCACGGCGCUGUUGUGCCGCUCGAGGACAACGCCCGGUUCAUCGAUCGGCAAGGCCGUGUACACGCCCGCGUGUCUGUGGACUUCGCGAAGGAGUUUGGAGGAUAUCUGUCUGUGCCAUUACGGUCUGCCGAGUAG